CUUCUCGUUCUUCUCCUUUUUCUUUACCCUAUUUCUUAUUUUUCCGUUUCAGUAAAAAGAGAAGAGCAGGUUUUCAUGGCAAGUGAAAGCAGUAGCAAUAUUUUAAAAGAAGUAAAUGAGACUGCGGUGAGGGAUGUCAAUGACUUUAGCGAAACUUUAUCACCCGGUGAAAAGAAGGCAGAAGCAGAGAAAAAGGCAGAAGUCGUUCUUGAUAGUCUUCCAAAGUUAAAAGCAGAUGCAUCCAUUCCUACUGAUCAAGAUACGAAUGAUUCCAGUGUGGUUCAUGAUGCAGUAGCAUCGGCUCAGUCCAAGCCAGUAGUGAGCCUACCUCGAGAGCAACAAAAAGAAAAAGCGGGAGAGGGAUCGGAAGGCACAUCGAGGUCAAAAGUAACAGAGGGACCAGGUUCAUUUUAUGAUAAAAAGAUCGGAUGGAACGCGUUUUCCACCCUACCUAACCCAGGUGAUGAGAGUGCUCUUGCCGAACUUUCUUCGAAAGUAGGAUUGGAUUCCUUGAUAAGUACAUACAGAAGCACCGUUGCUCGUUCAGACGAAUCUAAUCAACAGCAUCAUGAUCUUUUGUCUCAAUUCUUGAACGAAGCUUAUUAUGGAGAAUGGUACCACAAUGCUGCUGUCAUGCUAUUUACGGUAGUAUUCACUUGGCUGUUGACAAAAUUGGGAGGAGGUUUGAUGGCCUGUUUGGUUGUAGGUGCUUUUCUUUCAACCUAUUAUCAAACAUCCAUUCGUCGGUUAAGAAGGAAUAUUCGAGAUGAUAUACAGAGAGAGUUGGCGAUCAAUCGUUUGGAAACAGAGACAGAGACAGCAGACUGGAUUAACCACUUCCUUUCAAAGUUUUGGUUGAUAUAUGAGCCAGUGCUUUCUGCUCAAAUUAUUGGUAUAGCGGAUUCUAUUUUGGUCGAGAGUACACCUUCAUUCCUGGACUCCAUUCGUUUGACUACCUUCACUUUGGGAACAAAAGCACCACGAAUUGAAAGCGUUAAAACGCUAACGAAGACCGAACCAAACAUUGUGUGUAUGGAUUGGAAAUUUUCCUUCAUUCCCAAUGAUACGCUUGAUUUAACUGAGCGUGAUAAGCAGUCCAAGGUCAAUCCAAAAAUUGUAUUGACCAUUCGCGUGGGUAAAGGUAUGAUAGGUGCAGGUAUGCCUGUCUUGUUAGAAGAUCUCGCUUUCUCUGGUCAUCUACGCUUAAAGUUCAGAAUGUUCAAUGAGUUCCCUCAUAUCAAGAGCGUCGAAGCAUCCUUUUUGGAACAGCCUCAUUUCGAUUAUUCACUCAAACCGGUUGGAGGUGAAACCUUUGGAUUUGAUAUUAACAAUAUUCCCGGUCUUGAAUCGUUUGUUCGAGAACAAGUCCAUGCUACUUUGGGACCUAUGAUGUACGCUCCUAAUGUAUAUACUCUUGAUGUGGCCGGUAUGAUGUCAGGUGCAACUGACUUGAAUAGUGCUAACGGUGUUUUGAUUGUCAAGAUUCAUUCAGCUACAAACUUGAAAGAUAUCGACUUUUUUGGUACAAUUGAUCCGUAUAUUACGCUUCAUUUGAAUAAUGCCAGUAAUGCAGAACUUGGACGUACCAAACAGAUCGAAGAUAAUAGAAACCCCAAGUUUGAUGAAACACUCUUUGUCUUGCUUAACAAUGUCAAUGAAACUUUGGUGCUGGAAGUAAUGGAUAAAAAUACUGGUAGAAGCGACUCUUCUAUUGGUAUCUGUACAUUUGAUUUGAAAUCUCUUGCUGAAUCUGAUAAUGUCGUAGACGGAGUCUCAUUACCCGUAUUGAAAAAGGGGAAAAUUUAUGGUGAAGUCAAAUGCGAUUUCCAUUACUUUCCUGCUAACAGUCCUUCAAAAAGUGAGGAUGGUACUAUCAUUCCUGCAGAAGAAUCAAAUAGUGGUAUUUUACGAUUUACUGUACAUGAAUGCAAAGAACUGGGUGGAAAACAGAAAAGUGGUGGAAUCAGUAUUCCGAUCAUUGGUGGUAAGGGCGACCUUAGUCCUUAUGCGGUCAUGAAGGUCAACGGCAAAGAAAAGAUGCGCACAAGUCCCUUUAAACGCAGCAUCAACCCACGUUGGGAUAAAUCUCUUGAAUUAUUUGUUACUGAUAAAUCAGAGCUGUCGCUGAUGGUUAAUGUACUGGACGACGCCAACGACGACAAACUGCUGGGUAGAUGGAGCGCUAAACUGGAGGAGUUUGAAGAAGAUGUUUUUAUCAAAAAUCAAGACUGGUGGAUGCUGAAAGAUGGCUGCGGCAAGAUUCAUUUGAGUAUGCAGUGGAAGCCUAUUACUAUGGUAGGCUUUGGAGAAGGUAUGUCCCGUGGUGGUUACCGACCACCUAUUGGUGUUGUUCGUGUUCACUUUGCUUGUGCCAAUGAUUUGAAGAAUGUUGAAGCGAUCACAGGCGGUAAAUCCGAUCCUUAUGUGCGUAUUAUGUCUGGUGUUCAAAAUAGAGGCCAGACAGAGCACGUGGAUGACGAUCUUGAUCCUGUUUGGAAUCAAGUGCUUUAUGUGCCAGUUCAUUCCAAACGUGAGGAUCUUGUAUUUGAAGUGAUGGAUUACAAUGAGGGCUCGAAGGAUAAGAGUUUAGGAAUUACGGAUUUGCAUCUGAAAGAUAUCAUGAAAGAAGUCAAGACGGAGGAUGGCCAAGUUUAUUACGAAGCAACCGACAUGGUAGAUCGAGUAGCUGAUCUGGUCAGCCGCGAUCGUAAGAAGGGACGUGGUACCAUCAAGUACACCGCUUCUUUCUACCCCACCUUAGCCUUGGCACAACGAGACGGCAAUGGUAGUAAAAAGACCCUAUCCAAUCAAAAAGCAGCAGAAGACGAAUCAGGAGGUAGUCAAUUCUCUGAGGAACCUGAGCUUGUUGAGAAGCCCAGAGAGAUGCCUGAAAGAGACCUACAUAAUGAGCUCAUUCAGUAUAAGACGCUGCCAAACAAUAGCAAAGUCGUUGAUUAUUCUGCGUAUGAAUCCGGUGUGCUGGUUGUCAAGGUGCAUUCUGUGACUCUCACAGAGCCUCAGCGUGUUGUUGUUGAAUUACUGUUGGAUUCCAACUAUCCACAAUUCUCAACCAUUGAACAAAAAGGUGCCUACCUUGACAUUAACGAAACUGGCACCGUCUUUAUUAAAGAAAUGGACUUUUCAAAACUUUUGGUUCGUGUAAGAAAUGCGAAGGAUGCGGAUAAAGACGAGAAGAUUUGCGGACGAUGCACAUUGGACGCCAGAAACAUUAUUGAGCGCUUGAUGAAGUAUGCCGAAGACGAAACGAUCAGUGAGCCUGUUAUUGAAGAAGUUCCCCUUCUAGAAUCCAAUGGUGGAGGAAAGGUGUGUGUAAGUUUCAAUUUCAUUCCUGUCAUUCGAUUCAAAUUGGAUCCGGCGGAAAGUCUGGAAAAUCAAGGCAACUUGACUGUUCAUGUGGUAAAGGCCAACAAUUUGACAGCUGCUGAUCGCAGCGGUACGAGUGACCCCUUCAUCCGCUUCUACUUGGAAGACCAGCGCGUGUACAAGACACAAACCUAUAAGAAGACUCUGAAUCCUGUGUUCAAAGAUGAAACGUUCACCGUUCCUGUCGUCAAUCGAGUGUAUACGCCUCUUGUCGCCAAGAUUUAUGACUGGGACCAAGUGGGUAAAGAUACGUUGAUUGGUCAGUGUGUUAUCCAGUUCACAGGCGAUCUAGUGGAGACGUUCCAGACGACGACAAGAGAGAUCGAUAUUGACAAUGGUGGUACACUUACUGUACGUCUGACGUGGAGACCUGAACUUGUUGCUCGUAAACGUACGAAUACAUCCCUGUUCAAUGCCACCACACGUGCUUUUACGUCUGCUCCUGGUAGCGCUAUUGGAGCCGGUAGCAAGGUAUUGGGAACGGGUGUCUCCGCUCUGGGAAGUGGUAUACGUGGUAUUGGUAAGAUUGGUAAGAAGUUCUCGUCCCUAUCUGACGACUCUUCUGUCUCAAUGGAUCGUGAUAUGCCUGUUAGUGGGGCACCAACAGUAGCAUCCGUCGACAAUGACUCGACAGAAUCAUCCCCCUUGCCAGGAAAGGAGAGUACUACUCAACGACAGUCUUCUCCUAAGAGUGCUGGUGAUGAAGUAACGAUUCGGGUGGAUUUGUUAGGAGCCAAAAACCUUACUGCAAUGGACCGUGGAGGUACAAGUGAUCCUUAUUGUCGUGUCCGUAUCGGUAACAAAGUUGUGUACAAAACGCGUUACUUGAAAAAGACGUUACAGCCCGAAUGGAAUGAGACUUUUAAUGCCAAACUUAGCGCUAACGGUGUGUUGAACCUCAAAAUCAAGGAUCACAAUACUUUAAAUGAUGUAGAUAUCGGCGAGCAUCACUUUGCUUUGGAGAAUAACCUUCGAUCUGGACAGCCUUUUGACGGAUGGUUGCCAUUGACACCAGAAGGUUCAGGCGAAGUUCAUAUGAGAGUGUCUAUUGUGGAUUCAGAUAGCAUCUCUAUAGCUUCUAAAACCGGUGGUUUAUUUGGCAGGAAAUAAGUGCUAUGCUCAUCUUUAUUUUGAACGUUUCGUACACUUAAGAAUAAAACGGGGCAUUUUUCAUUUAAAAAUUUUGAUUUUUUUAAAAUUUU